AUGUCUACCAAUACUAAAAACGAAGGAAGUGAGGGAAGUGAGGGAAGUGAAGCAAAUGAUACAGAUGGUUUGUUAAGUGGUCGUCGUGAGGUUGAUGAAGAAUCACAAACUCUUAAAAAAGAACGACGUAAUCUAAUUCUCGGAUUUCUUGUAAUCUUUAUGAUACUCAUAAUGUUAUUGGGAACAUUAAUAGGAAUAAUAAUGAUAUUUCCAAAUUAUCAUGUUCCAAUAAUAUAUUCUAAUGGAACUCACACUUUUCGAUCCACUGUACUCUUAAUAUCAUUUGAUGGAUUUAGGGCCGAUUAUUUAAAUCGAAAUGCCACACCUUAUAUAUCUGAAUUUAUUAAUAAUGGUAUCAAAGCAGAAUAUAUGAGACCUUCAUUUCCAUCAAAUACAUUUCCAAAUCAUUACACAAUUGUAACAGGAUUAUAUCCUGAAUCUCAUGGAAUAAUAGAUAAUGUAUUUUAUGAUACAGUUUUAAAUGAUACAUUUUAUUAUACUGAUCCUAAAAGAAGUUUUGAUUCUAAAUGGUGGGGUGGUGAACCUGUAAUAAAAGACGGACAAAAAUCUGGAGUCUCACAAUGGGUUGGAUCAUCUUCCGUGAUUAAAGGAAUUUCCCCAACUUAUCAUUAUCCAUUUAAUUUAAGUUUAACGACUCAAGAAAAAGUAUCACAAGUGAUGAAUUGGUUAGAUCUUCCAUUUGACGAGAGACCAACAUUCUUGGCCACUUACACAAAUCAAGUUGAUAGUGCCGGUCAUACAUUUGGUCCGGAUUCUUUAAUGGAAAUAAAUGAAGCAUUAUUUCAAGUUGACAAUUUUGUUCGGGAGAUGAUGGCAGGUUUGGCAAAGAGGAAUCUUACGGAUAUUGUUAAUGUCAGCGAUCAUGGAAUGACAACAUCAAUACCCGAUAAAAUAAUAAAUUUAGAAAAUUAUAUUAAUAUAUCAAAAGUAUAUCCGGUAGUUGGAUACCCAUUAGCAGAAAUUCGUCCAUACCUAGAUUCGGAAAUACAAAAUAUCUAUACGGAUUUAAAAAAUGCGAGCAUCGGUCAAUCAUGGGAUUGUUAUAAGAGUGAUGAAAUUCCUUCGAAAUAUCAUUUUUCAACUAACACAUCAUCAUCAAUAUCAUCACCACGAAUAGCUCCUAUAUAUUGUUUGCCACCAUUGGGUGGAGGAUUUAUUAAUAAUCGAGAUUUUGAAAAUGAGACAAUACCCAAUGGUACGCAUGGAUAUGAUAAUUACUUAUCUGAUAUGAGAGCAAUUUUUUUAGCUUCAGAAGUUUAUAAUAUAAUAAGUCGAAUUUUACAUUUAUGCCCUGUUCCAAAUAAUGGAACUCUUGUGGUUGUUGAAGUUGUGAUGGUUGAAGUUGUGGUAAUUGAAUUGAUUGUUGUGAUUGCAAUGAUUGUAAUGAUUGUAAUGAUCGGAUUGAUUGAAUUGAUUGCAUUGAUUGUGGGUUCAUUACAAUACCGUUAA